CACAAACACACACUCUCUCUCACACACACACACACACACACACACACACACAGAGCCAAAACUCCGGGCAGAGCGGCUGCGUGUUUGUGCUGCUUUCAUCUGCUUUUCAUUUUCCUCUUCAAGCAGCUCAUCUGCGAUUCUUCCUACAAUGAAUGCAAGCUUUUGGACUUUGUGUCUGACAUUUCUGACCAUGCACGAUUUGUGCAAAUGUCUUCCCAGGGUAUAUUACAUCGGGAUUCGUGAGGUGGACUGGAAUUACGCACCAAGCGGACGGAAUCUGAUCAAUGGCAUGCAGAUCAAAGACGACGAGCAUGCCUCUACAUAUCUGGUCAGAGGUCCAUCCCGGAUUGGUAGUGUAUACAAAAAAGCCGUGUAUAUGCAGUACACAGAUGAGACUUUUUCUACUGAGGUCCCUAAGCCAGACUGGCUCGGUUUCCUUGGACCCGUGAUCCGUGCAGAAGUGGGUGAUGACAUCGUGGUGCACAUGAAGAACUUUGCAUCUCGACCUUAUUCAGUCCAUCCUCAUGGAGUCUUCUACGAGAAGGAUUCUGAAGGUGCACUAUAUCCGGAUGGUACAUCUGGACGGAAUAAGAAAGAUGAUUCUGUGGAUCCUGGUGAAAACUACACGUACACAUGGAAGGUGACAGAAGAGUUUGCCCCUACCAAAUCUGAUGCCAACUGCCUCACCUGGAUCUACCACUCCCAUGUAGAUGCGCCUAGAGACAUUGCAACAGGACUUAUCGGGGCUCUGCUCACCUGUAAUAAGGGAGUCCUAGACAAGUCUGGAAUUCGACGCUCUGAUGUGGAUCAUGAGUUCUUCCUGAUGUUCAGUGUGGUAGAUGAGAAUUUGAGCUGGUAUCUUAAUGACAACAUUGAAAAGUUCAGCCCUGAUGCUGCUCUUUAUAAAGAAGAUGAAGAAUUUCGGGAGUCCAACCUCAUGCACUCAAUCAAUGGUUACGUUUAUGGUAACCUCCCUCCAUUAAACGUGUGUAUCGGGCACGCUGUGUCUUGGCAUCUAUUUGGCAUUGGCAAUGAAGUAGAUAUUCAUUCUGCCUACUUUCAUGGCCAUACCCUGCUUGACCGUGAUCACCGUACUGAUGUGCUCAGCCUAUUUCCUGCCACAUUUGUCACCGCAAAAAUGGUUCCCAUGACAACAGGAACGUGGAUGUUAAGUUGCCAGGUUAAUGAUCACAUGCAAGCAGGUAUGCAGGGCUUCUAUCACGUUUCUUUGUGUGCGAAGGAUGAUACUGCACCCACAGUGCCUCCUGGCCAUGAGAGACAUUUCUACAUCGCUGCUGAGGAGCAGAAGUGGAAUUACGCCCCAUCGGGGAUCAAUAAAUUCACAGAUGAACCUCUAGAUAAGAAAGGAAGUGAUGCUGCAGAAUUCUUCAGUAAAGAGGAGGGCAGGCUGGGCGGGACGUACUGGAAAGUCAGAUACGUUGCAUACCACGAUGACACGUUUACCACCAAGCUUGAGCAACAUGGCUCAGAACACCAUCUUGGCUUUCUGGGCCCAGUCAUUAGAGGAGAACCUGGAGAUAUCAUUGUGGUAACCUUUCGGAAUAUGGCAACACAGCACUACAGCAUGCAACCUCAUGGUCUGUCUUAUGAUAAAAUUUAUGAAGGGGCCAUGUAUCAAGAUGGUUCUCAGAAAGCAGGGGCCAGUGUGGCACCAGGUCAGACGUUUACAUAUCGAUGGCGGGUGAUAGAAGGCCCUUCGCCCGGUGACCCACCCUGUUUGUCGUACUUAUAUUACUCAGCUACAGAUCCUGUCCGUGACACCAACUCUGGGUUAGUGGGACCGUUACAGGUGUGCAAGAAAGGAGUUCUGGAUGAGAGUGGUCGGCAGCAUAUAGGGUCGGAGGUGCAGAAAGAGUUUUUCCUACUCUUCACUGUGAUCGAUGAGAAUGAAAGCUGGUAUCUAAAGAAGAACACUGAUGAGUUUGGUAGUGAUGAGUCAGACCCAGAAAACCCAGUAUUUCAGGAGAGCAACAAAAUGCACAGUGUAAACGGUUUCAUGUACGGGAACCUUCCUGCACUUGAUUUGUGUGAGGGGGACCAUGUUGUGUGGCACAUGCUGGGCUUGGGCACAGAGGUGGAUCUCCACGGCGUUUAUUUCCAGGGAAACACGUUUCAGCGGGACGGCACUACACACGACACACUUAGCCUAUUUCCUCACACCAGUGUCACUGUCUCCAUGAGACCAGACAACAACGGUGUUUUUGAGCUGAGCUGUCGUACAACUGAUCACUACCGUGGUGGCAUGCUCCAGCUGUACACAGUCAAACCCUGCACACCAAGCAAGAACUCUGGAUCGGAGGUUACGACGUUUGAGCCCGAUGUGUAUUUCUACUUGGCUGCUGAAGAAGUGGAGUGGAACUACGCCCCAAACCGGACGUGGGAGUUGGAGAAACACCACACUACUCUACGUGACAGUCCUGGGAACGUCUUUCUCAAUAAAUCUGAGAACCGGAUUGGCCCCGAAUACAAAAAGGUGGUGUACCACCAGUACACAGACGACACCUUUACACACAUGAAGUCCAGAGGUCCUGAUGAAGAGCAUCUAGGCAUUCUGGGUCCCAUUCUCAGGGUGGAGGUUGGUGAGAGGGUCCAGGUUGUGUUUAAGAAUAAGGCAUCAAAGCCAUAUUCAAUUCAUGCUCAUGGUGUGAAGGCCAGUGAGAAAAACACACCUGUUUCUCCAGAUAACGUGAUGAGGUAUAACUGGACUAUCCGUUCAGGUCCUGGACGCAGUGAGCCCAACUGCAUAACCUUUGCCUAUUACUCAUCAGCUGACUUCAUCAAGGACUUGGCGAGUGGCCUGGUUGGACCGUUGGUAGUGUGUCGUAAAGGGACUCUAGACAAAGCCAACCGAAAACGAACAGAUGUGGAUAAAGAAUUCGCUCUGCUCUUCAUGGUGUUCGAUGAGAAUGAAUCCUGGUAUCUGGAGGACAAUAUACAAACAUACCUGAACAAGACCCUAGACACUUUUGACAAAGACGAUGAGGGAUUUAUGGAGAGUAACAUGAUGCACGGUAUUAAUGGAAAGCUGUAUGCUAACCUGCCUGGAUUGACGAUGUGGCAAGGAGAUCGGACUGAGUGGUAUUUAAUGGGGCUGGGAAACGAGAUAGAUAUGCACACAGUGCACUUUCACGCUCAGAGCUUCAUAUACAAGACGGAUUACCCCCACAGAGCUGACGUGUAUGACUUGUUCCCUGGAACAUUUAAGACUGUGGAACUGGUAGCUGGAACUCCUGGAACGUGGCUCCUUCACUGCCAUGUGACAGACCACAUCCAUGCGGGCAUGGAGACGACCUUCACCAUCGCCAGUGACGGCUGCACAUAUUUACAGAGUGUUCCACAAAUGCUGCUAUUCAUCACACUGGUGUUCUGGCUCCAGUGACUCAGAAGAGGAGAUGUUUCUGGAGACCAAUCAGAAUUUACCACACUCCAAACUGUGAGACGAGAGGGAGGCAGAAAAGUACACAACACAUGAAUGCACUAGACAUGAACUCGUAUUUAAUGAACAAAUUGCAUUCUACAUUUAUGACCAGUUGGCAAAAACAAGGAGAAGGCCUUAAGUACUUUUUUCCUCUGCAUGUUUACAGGUGUAGUAUUUUUCAUUUUUUUUAUUUAAAUGAAUGGGAACAAGCAAGAACAGUGGCAUAUCCAGAACGUAAUUUCAAGGUUCAGCAAAUAUACUAAAUAAAUUGUGAGCUUUAUAAUUAAACUGAUAACUGUAAAGUGGAUUUUGAAAUAUAUCUACAAUGUUUUUUUUCCAUGUACACUGGAAUGAUUAAGCUAACUAAGCAGACUGCUGUGCUCUUUAUUUCCCAUGCCACAAGCAUAGUGGUGCACUGAACUGAAUUUGCUGACUCAACUUGAGAUGCUUAGGGUUUAUAAAAAAAGAAGAAAAAAAAAAAAAAAGGAAAGAAAAAAAACCCUAAGGAGGUUGAGUGAGUAGUGGAAACAAAAAAUUUCAGACUCCUAUUCACGCACAUAUACAGUACAUUAUGAGUUUGUAACGCAGUGAGUUGUUUUUUGGUUAUAGCAGUGUUACUCCUCAACCUCUGAUUAGAUUUGCACAUAGAUUUGCACACACACUGAUGCCUUUGCUCUUGAAAGUGUUAAAUGUGAGAAGUAUAUAAUAAUAAACAUUCUUCACUAUUCA